CGGUCCCGUUGCCAUGGUGGCGGCGUCGAGUGGGCGGGAAGGAGGGGGAGAGCAUGGAGGCCGUAGCUAGGCUUGAGGCGAGGUUGCUGCUGCUGCGGGAAGAGUGGUUCCAUAGAAACAGAUCUCUAGAUGAAGAAAGAAAAAUAGAGUACAAAGCUGCUGUCAAAAUCCAGAGCUGGUUUCAAGGAUGCAGAGUCCGAUCCUAUCUGAGAUAUCUGAACCAAAUGGCAAUUGUUAUACAAAGGUGGUGGAGAGGAUAUCUAAGCAGAAAACACUUCAGAAAAAUGGUGAAGACAGCAUAUUUUAUGAUGAAGAUGAAUUUCUACAAUGAAAUGGCUGUCAGGAUUCAGAAAAGAUGGCGAGGCUAUUAUAUUCGGAAAUAUGUCCAUAAUUAUUAUGCACUGAAGGAAUACCUGGAAGCCAUUUCUGUGAAUAACGAUAUUGUCAGGGGUGAACUGCAAAAGUACACAGAAAUGAUGGAAAAUGAAGAGAAAAGGAAAGACCUGGAAAAGAAAGGAAAGAAAAAGAAAUACCAAGCCCGAAAGAUGCAUUACCUCCUUAGCACCAAGCAGAUUCCAGGCAUCUACAAUUCACCUUUCAGAAAAUCCCCAGAUCCAAUGGAGCUGCUGCUACGGAAGUCAAAGCCAUUGAGCCACAGACAGCAGCAAACCAAGAGUCCUCUUACCUCUGAGCUCUACGACUGGCCAACUUGUAAAAGGCCUCCGACUUUCUCCACAGGACAGCCCUUGCCAGCUAUCAUCAGACAGAAACCUCAGGGGCCUUUCCGUGAUACUGCUGAAGUAUUUUGGCAGCGCCACAAGCCUUUGGAACCAACCUUGCACAUGGCAGCAUUCAUCGAUUCACCACUGGACAAGGGCAGAGAGGAAAUGAAAAGGGAGGAUUGGGGAAACUGCAUACAUGACAAAGAAUUUCUGCCAUUUUCUUCGUAUAACAAAGAUAAGAAGUAUGACCCAUUGAUUCAUAGGUCAGGCAAAUAUGGCCAUGAAGCAUACGGAAAUAAACACUUCCGAGAAGAAAAUCCUAAGAAGUGGGUUGCAGGCAAGGAAGAAAGGCUGAGAGAGAUGGAACUCUUCAGUUUGGAGAAGUUCAAUGGGAGAUCUUAGUAGUGUGUACAAACACCUGAUAGGAGGGAAUGAAGCAGAGGGAGCCAGACUCCUCUCAGACUCAGUAGUGUCCCGUGACAGGACAAGAGACAGUAGACACAAACUGAAAUGCAUGAAAUUCUACCUGAGUUUUACUGUGAGCGUGACAGAGCACUGGCACAGGUUGGCCAAGGAGGUUGUGGAGUCUCCA